AAGAAGAGAGAAAGAGAGAGAAGAGAGGAGAAAAGAAAGAAGGAAAGAAAGAGAAGAAAAAGAGAAGAGGAAAAAGAAAGAAAAGGAAGAGAAAAG